CCGUUCCCACUUCUCCUCAGUCCUCACUACUCAUCACCAGUACGAUUUUCCCAAGCUCUCUGAAAACCGCAAUCAACUUUCUCUGAAAACAGCAAGCGUAACCCAAAACCCAACAAUGGCCGCCGCCGCACCGCCACCGCCACCAAGCCCAGCCCCAGAGGCACCCAACGACGUGCCCCAAGGCUCGACCCCAAGGGGCCACCCACUCUUCGCCAGAAUCCGCUUAGCCCUCCCAACCGACGUCCCCCACAUCCACAAGCUCAUCCACCAGAUGGCCGUCUUCGAACGCCUCACCGAACACUGCAUCGCCACCGAGGCCUCUCUCUCCUCGACCCUCUUCACCUCCCCACCCUUCCAGUCUUUCACCAUCUUCGUUCUCGAAGUCUCUCACACGCCUUUCGUCGAACACCUUCAGUACAACAACCCAGCCUACCCGCCCAUCACCAAAGUCGUCAAUCUGGACCUUCCGAUUAACGACCCAGACCGCGAUUUGUUCAGAUCUAACGGUGGGGUUCUUGGCGGCGAUGCCUGCGUUGCUGGAUUCGUGUUGUUUUUCCCAAACUACUCGACUUUUCUGUCGAAGCCUGGGUUUUACAUAGAGGACCUGUUUGUGAGGGAGUGCUACAGGAGGAAAGGGCUUGGGAAGAUGCUCCUUUCAGCUGUGGCUAAGCAGGCUGUGAAGAUGGGGUAUGGGAGAGUGGAGUGGGUUGUGCUUGACUGGAACGUGAAUGCUAUCAGGUUUUAUGAGGAAAUGGGUGCUAAGAUCUUGCAGGAGUGGAGGAUUUGCAGGCUCACUGGUGAUGCUCUCAAUGCUUAUGUUAAUGCCUAGCUCUAGCUCUAGCUUAGGUUUUAUGAGGAAAUGGGAGCUAAGAUGUUGCAGGAGUGGAGGAUUUGCAGGCUCACUGGUGAUGCUCU